CCCGGUUGGACUAUUGCACGUGAUGCGGCUGCGUGCAGUUCAGCCGCGCGGACCGUUGACAACCACGUUAGCAACGUUGCGGACAUACUAUCGUUCUUAUAUGUAGAUAUAUGCAUGUAUACUUCGAACAAUGAGGCUGCUAGAUGCCCCAACAACUGA